UCAUAUCAUUUAGGUAAAUUUUUAGUUUUUCCUUUUUUUUAUUUUUUAUUUUUUAUUGGUGUCUGAAGUGUGUUCAUGCUUCUGUUUUGUACCUUUCCACUGAUUAAGUUUUUGCAUUGAGCAUUCUGACCUCUUUCCUGAUUGAAUUUCAGGUGGGUUUCAGACCCUUUUUUUUUGUACUUUUUUUUUUCUUAGUUAUCUGGGUUUGGUUUUCUAUAAUGGGUUCAUUCUUUCAGUCUAAUUGGUUUCUCAGGAAUUGAGAGUUCAAUUAAUAUGAAGCUCCAUGGAAGGGCAUUUGUGACGUUUUUCUCAUUGUGUUGAGGUUGGCUUUGUGGGUUGUGUACAGUGCUUUACAAGAUUAUCCGAUGUUCAUAAGGCUGAAAUAGCCGGCAGUUAAUAGCUAAUCGCCAUAACUGCCGAACUGCUAAUCGUCUAAGUCGGUCCGGUUAGCGAUUUUUUUUUUUAACACUCAGACAGUUGCGGUUAGCGGUUUUAGUGGUAGCCGCGGUAGCCGCCUUUUCACUGUAAUGUUUACCCAUAUUUAUUUAUUGUAUAUGCAAAUUAGUGGAUAUGGAAAUUAAAAUUCAACCUGUUUUCUAACUAAAAGUGUAUCACAGAUUUUGUUUCUUUUCAUUUUUGUGCAUGAACUGAAGUGGGUUUGUGUGGGAAAUCGUUAACAGCGAUUCUGUUGCAUGAUAUGGAAUCUUGGAACUUCGUUUCUGAAGGGAAGGGGUUUGCAUCCGAUGAAGCAAUAGUACCUACAAAUUCUCUCCUGAGAAGCAAAAAUGGCUUCUUGGGUUGGGAAUUGAGAACAUGUAGUUUUGGCAACAACAUGUUUCUCUCAAGUCAACAAGAUGACUCCACUUCGAAGCUCUCAAGCUCUGUGGUGGACUCAAACAGCAGAGAUUCUUCUUCCAUUGAUUUGAAGCUGGGGCGGCUUCCUGAUCAGAAAGAUGACCACUUUUCUAAAUUUUCAAAAGGAGUUGUUCCCAUUUUAGCUUCCUCUGAGUCAUCUAGACCUGCAAAGAGAAUGCGAGCAAUGGGGGUUUAUUCACAAACUGCCUUCUGCCAAGUUUAUGGCUGCAACAAGGAUCUAAACGCCUCUAAAGACUACCACAAGAGGCAUAAAGUUUGUGAGGAUCACUCGAAGACAGCCAAAGUUAUUGUCAACGGCAUUGAACAGAGGUUUUGUCAGCAGUGUAGCAGGUUUCAUUUGCUGGGUGAAUUUGAUGAUGGUAAGCGUAGCUGCCGUAAACGCCUUGCUGGCCACAAUCAGCGUCGCAGAAAGCCUCAAGUGGGUAUUCACUCUGGAAGGGGCGGGAGAUUGCUUCAGUCAUAUAAUGGCUUUGCAGAUAUCAGAUCUGUGGGAAGUUCUUUAUCAACAACAUCCUUUAUUUGCCAAGAAUUUCUCCCUCGUGGCCUUUUGCAUCAUGAGAAAUAUGGAACUGAUGACUGGUGCAAGCCUAUAAAAGUUGAAGAUGGGACUGACUAUAGGCCUCUGUCAACAAUUCCUGUUACCAAUGGGAAUCUGCAUUCAAAAUCCCUCCUCCCUCAUGAUAUUGGGAAACAUUUCGCCACAUUUCAUGACAAUGGAGCUAGUACUGCAACAGGAAGCACUUUUUGCGAGAAUACAAGCCAAUAUACAAAUGAUGUAGGAUGCCCAACUUCUAGCUCGCAUUCUCUUUUCCAAAACACCCCAUUAGCAAGUGAAGACUUCAAUGUUUUCGAUGCAGCUUCAACCGUUCAAGGAUUAUCGACAAUUUCGGACUCCGGUUGUGCUCUCUCUCUUCUGUCAUCUCAUUCACAGAAGUCUUCAAGCCAUUCAUCUGGAAUUCCCAUGGCUCAUCCAUUGAUCAUUCCAGGUAGCCAUCCCCAUUAUGGCAUGAGUCGAGUCUCUGAGAACUUCAGAGGAAUAGCCUCACAGGAUUCCUUAAGUGGAGUGUCAAAUAAGUUCCCUUCAUCAGAAAUGAAUGCUGCAGAAGAGAAUCACCUUGGCCCCAUACUGAUAUCUGAUAGUAGUGGUCCUGUUAACUUUGAAAUCACAGAUAGGAUGUUCCAAAGGUCUGAUUGUUUGAAUUCCGACAAUUGUCAUUCCUGUGAAAAUGGACCUACCAUGGACUUGCUUCAACUGUCAUCACAGCUCCAGCGAGUGGAGCAUCAGAGGCAAUUCAUGCAGAUGAAGCAGGAUAAUGAUGCCUUCUGUUGCUUGCGGAUCACUUAAAUGCUCAGAAAACAAGAGACUGAAUGGUUGCACAUGUAUCCAGACAAGGAGAAAGGUGUGCUAGAAUGUGGCAGGCUGGAAGAAACCUAAGAUGGAAGUCUUCAAGCCUGACUCUGUUAAUUCAAUUAGGAAGACAUUUUUUAGAGUGGCUUAAUGGCUUCAAAAAUUAUAUGUUCACUUGUAUAUGAAUUAGGUGAUUCUAUAAUCAUUUGUAACCAAAUCAUGCUCCCUGAAAUGGUCAAGGUGAAUUUAAGAAAUGAUUUUUCUUCAAUUAUUUUGAUGAGGGAUUCAGUGUAAUGAACAAGGACAAAUAUUUCAAUUGAAAACAAGGCUGCAUUCACAUGCCAGAAGAAUGGAGCUAAUCUCA